UCCCUACCGUGAGUGCGCGACACCGACGUCAAAAUGUUUGCAGCAGUGACGCAAAACAAGCCUGCUUUACGGCAGCUGAGAGGUCGUGUGUGAACUGUGGGCCCGAGGAAGGUUAAAGUGACUCUGAAUCGAACGUUCCAAGAAUCAUGCCGUUCAUUGACCUCCAGUCAAAGCUGGGUAUUAAUCUGGACCAGUGGCUCUUGGCUCAGAGCGGGGAACAGCCACAGAAGCGGGUCACUCGCUGCCAUGCCUUUGAGAAGGAGUGGAUAGAGUGUGCCCACGGCAUCGGCCAGACCCGGGCCAAAAAGGAAUGCAAACUAGAGCUGGAAGACUUCUACGAGUGCAUGCAGCGCCGAAAGACUCAACAGCGCUUAUAUGAGGUCCGUAAGCAAAAGGAGAAGAUGAUUAAAGAGGGAACUUACACACCCCCUCCACACCACACAGGCAACAAGGAGGCCCGGCCCUGAAUCCAACCCUAUUCAAUCACUCUCAACACAGUCAAACUGUUGUACAGUUGCUUCCUCACUUAUGUAUUAUAAUAUUAUUGCUGUAUCAACAUUGUUUAAUGUUCGAGAAAUAAAUAUAAUGAUUCCGUGUAAUUGUUA